AAGCUCUUACGUCGAACUGUUGGUCACUUAUCAUCAGUAUAUUGCGUACUAUUUGAUCGCACAGGACGUUAUAUUAUAACGGGAGCCGAUGAUUUAUUAAUUAAAAUAUGGUCGGCAACAGAUGGCCGAUUAUUAGCAACUUUACGUGGGGCUUCAGCAGAAAUUACAGAUAUUGCAAUUAAUUUAGAUAACACAAUGUUAGCUGCCGGUUCACUAGACCGCAUUUUGCGCGUUUGGGAUUUACAAUCUACUUCACCGAUUGCUGUUUUGUCUUCACAUACAGGCAUGAUAACAUCAGUAAAUUUUUGUCCCUCUCCGAGAGGUGAUCUAAAGUACUUAGUAACAACUAGCACAGAUGGUUCUAUAGCAUUUUGGCAAUAUUCAACACCUCGUGGUCAAAAAGUUUCUUUUGCACCAAAACCUACUCAAUUUCAUGAAAAAUUAAGGCCGGGUCAAGCGCAAAUGAUGUGUACUAGUUUUUCACCAGGAGGUAUAUUUCUUGCUGCAGGUUCCGCAGAUCAUCAUGUUCGCGUAUAUCUUAUGUCGGAAGACGGGCCAAAGCGAAUAUUAGAAUCAGAAGCAUACACAGAUGCAGUGGAUUCAGUUCAAUGGUCGCAUCGUGGAUUGCGUUUUAUAUCAGGUAGUAAAGAUGGCACAGCACAUGUAUGGAGUUUUGAAUCACAGCAAUGGAAAAGUGUUAAAUUAUGUAUGUCUGAGCGGUUGCCAACAUGUCCUGAACCCGAGGAAGGAAAGAAACUUAAAGUAACUAUGGUAGCAUGGGAUUGCUCUGAUAAGUAUGUGAUAACUGCUGUAAAUGAUUUCACAAUAAAAAUUUGGAAUUCAAAAACUGCCAAACUUCACCGCGUGUUACGUGGACACAAAGACGAAUUAUAUGUUUUGGAAACAAAUCCAAAAGAUGAGCAUGUGUUGCUUUCAGCAGGACACGAUGGUCAAGUAUUUCUAUGGGAUAUAGAACAGGGCAUCUCUGUCGCUCAUUUUGUUAACGAUAUUGAUGGUCAGGGUCAUGGAGGUGUAUUUGAUGCUAAGUGGUCACCUGAUGGUACGAUGAUUGCUGCUACAGACUCUCAUGGACAUAUAUUAAUAUUUGGUCUAGGAAUUGGACCUGAUAAAUACAAAAUUUUACCCAAUGAAUUGUUUUUCCAUACCGAUUAUCGACCACUAUUAAGAGACACAGCCCAUCAUGUUGUUGAUGAACAAACUCAAAUUAUGCCACAUUUAAUGCCACCACCAUUUUUAGUUGAUGCUGAUGGCAAUCCGCAUCCUGCUAAAUAUCAACGUUAUGUGCCUGGAAGAGAAAACUGUUCAACAGAUCAACUUAUACCUAAUCUUACAAUUGGGGCAGAUGGUGUAGUUAUUGAAGACAAUGGUGGUAGUAAUUAUAGUCAAAUUGAUCGGUUAAUAGCAGCUUUGCAAAAUCGACAAGGUGGAGCUGGUACAGUGUCAUUACCAAAUAACGCCAGUAACAACCAUUCACAGCUUGAUCUUAUGAUUGAAUCUUUAGCAAAUCGACAAGGGCAGGAACAAGCACCAGAUUCAAAUAAUACCGCGGGAAGCAGUAGAGGAAUAUCAGCUCAAUUAGGAGCUGGAAAUAAUCUCACAAGAAACGGAAUUAAUCCAGCAAUACGCCGUCUUUCCGAGGCUAAUAGCAUACCUCCACGGCAAGGUACUACUUGGGGAAGACCUCCAGAACAGCAAAUUCAGUCGCCACUCAUGAAAUAUGUACGGCGAAUCUAUAUACGUCCCAUGAAAUAUGCUCAACUACAGAAUUUAAGACAAAAUGUUUAUGCUUCUGGAAAUUUUGAAAUGCAAGAAUAUAAGAGAGAGUUAAGGCGUCGUCCUAUUAUGAUAAACACCUCUAAUGCAGCUACUUCAACACAGGGUUCUGGUCGUCAACGAAGUACUAGAGCAAAUGGUGGACGUGCUGGCCGGAGACGCGGGCAACCUUCCCAACCAGCUUAUCGUACCCGUGCAGUGCGUGAAGAAGAAGAAUCAAUUCCUGCUCCGCCUGAAGAAGAUGAUGAUAGUAGCGCAACGUCUGGCGAUACAAAUUAUUCAAAUGCAGAAGAAAAUCUAGAAUCAUCUGAUGAUUCGGAUACAGAAAGCUCUGAUUACUCAGAUUGGGUUGCUGAUACUCCUGGUCCAAACUUGGAACCACCUAAACGUUGUAAACGUAAGCCACUAUCCCGACGUCACACGCUUAGUGACGAUAGUAGUGAUGAAACAGAGCAAGCAUCAACUUCUGCUGCAGCCAAUGCAUCACGUCGAAAUAAAAGAUCCCAACCACCAACAGCUCCAAAUGGUGAAAUAUCUGAAUUAUAUCGUCCAUCAGAAUGGUUAUCAGAGGUUAUUCCUCGUAAAGCACCUUACUACCCUCAAAUGGGUGACGAAGUUGUAUAUUUUCGACAAGGUCAUCAACGUUAUUUAGAAGCUGUUAACCAAAAAAAGGUUUAUAAACUUACACAAAGUUCAGAACCCUGGAAUUGUCGAACUUUGCGAGAUCAUGAGUUAGUUCGAGUGAUCGGGAUUAAGUAUGAAAUUCGUCCACCACGUUUAUGUUGUCUUAAACUUGCAAUGGUUGAUGAAGAUGGAAAUAUGACAGGUUCUUCAUUUAAAAUAAAGUACCAUGACAUGCCAGAUGUCUUGGACUUUUUAGUUUUGCGGCAAACUUUUGAACUUGCAGUGCAAAGGAAUUGGAAUAUUGGUGAUCGAUUUCGUUGUAUGAUUGGCGAUGGUUGGUGGAUGGGUCAAAUUGAAUCUAGACAUGCUUUGGCGACAGAGUUUCCGAAUUCAUAUUUUAUGUGUUUUCGUGUAAGAUGGGAUAACGGAGAAUACGAAUAUAUGAGCCCUUGGGAUAUGGAACCUAUUGAUGAGAAUCGUUUGCCUGACGAAGUUGGUGGUGCAGUUCCUGUACUGCCAGAAGAAAUUAGAGCAACCUUAUAUCAACCUAAGUCGGAAGAAUGGCACCGAGGUGAUAGAGAUGGAUCUUGUAGACGUAUAAUUAAUGGAUUUGAACAAGUUAUGCGUUUAUCUAUAGCUGAACAUUUUUUGGCUCCUGUUGAUUUGAAUAUAUAUCCAGAUUAUGCUUAUUUAAUAGAAUAUCCUAUUGAUUUAACUACGAUAAAGUCUCGUUUUGAAAAUCAUUUUUAUCGUAGAAUUACUUCAGCUCAAUUUGAUGUUCGUUAUUUAGCGACAAAUGCGGAAAAAUAUAAUCGGUCACAUACAAACAUUAUUAAACACGCACGCAUCAUCACAGAACUUUGUUUGAGGAUUAUUAGGGAACUUAGCGAUAUUGAUGUAGCCGCAGCUUAUCAUCAAUACGUUGAUUUCUAUCAUUCAUCUGAAACUGAGAAUGAGCGUGAUUCUGAUGUUGUGCCUUCUACAAGUACAGGCGCUACUACGCCGGCAGCAGCGCGAAGAACUUUAUCAUCAACACGAAGAUCUAAUCGUAUACGUUCAGAUGGCGAUUGGCGCUCCGACUGCAGGCAACUACUAGAUAUACUUUGGCAAAGGCCAGAUUCAGCGCCAUUUCGAGAACCUGUUGAUACAAUUGAGUUUCCAGAUUAUUUGGAAAUAAUUUCGACUCCAAUGGACUUACGCACUGUUAAGGAAGAUUUGCUAGGUGGAAAUUAUGAUGAUCCUUUGGAUUUUGCAAAAGAUGUGCGCUUAAUAUUUAUUAACUCGAAGAAUUACAACACUAACAAACGCUCAAGAGAUUAUUCCUCGAUUUAUUCUAUGACGCUUCGCCUCAGUGCUCUUUUUGAGUCUCACAUAAAAACCGUCGUCAGCAACUGGAAAGCUGCAAGACGGCGCGCUAAUAAAAACAAAAAGAAUAGUGGUAGAGGAUCAAGUAGUAGUCCUACGAAAAGGACACAAUCUGAAAGAAAUCGUCCUGGACCUUCUACUCGAAGAAAUAAUAAAUCUAAUCGACAAAUUCGUAGUUCUGACGAAGAUGUCGAGAAUGAUGAAGAUGAUUCGCAGCCACGCAGUAGUCAACGACGAGUUGGAAGAAAUGGGCCAACUCGUUCACAGGUUGUAACAUCAAACUCAUCUAAUCGUGUUACUUCAUCAUCACAUCGACGAAUAAAUGGAACAGAGGAUGCACAACCUACACGUAGUUCACGACGUAAAGCGCAUAGUCAAGAACUAAAUGAAGAUGAGGAUGAUGACGAAGAUGAAGAGGAAGACGAAGAAAAUGAACAAAAUGAAAGUGAAGAAAAUGAGAGUAGCUCCAAUAGUGAAGCCGAUGAUGUAUCAAGUGAAGAUGAAAGUAGUGGGGAUGGCAGUGAUAGUAAUAAUAAUGAUGACGACGAUGACGACCAUGAUUCAAAUGUUGGACGCUCUCCAAGAAAAAAAAAUAAACGAAAAUCUCAUUCAGAUGAUGAUUCAGAAGAAAGUUAUAAUCCCUUAAAAGAUCGUCGUCAAAAUAAAAAACGUCGAAAAUAUAAUAAACAAAAACAGACGCAACGUAAACGAAAUGGUGUACAUAAAAAAAGUAAACCCACUGCCAAUGGUAUUAAAAGAACGGUUUCAAAUCCGAAAAAUUCUCGAAGAGGUCAACGUCGACGAUACCAAUCUUCCGGUGAUGAGGAAACAGUAGUAGUUUCCCAAAUAGAUGAAAGCACUCAAGAUACGGACCAGCAUACACCAAAGAAAAAAGGUCGACCACCCAAAGCGCAGAGUACAACAUAUGUUGCCAAUGGUCCUAGUACAAGUUCAAGUACUUUACCAGAAGUCUCAUCCCGUAUUACUCGUGGCGCAGCAGGUUCAAGACGUAAUCCUGCUGAAAACGACCAUAGUUAUCAUUUGCCAGUUCGCAAUGGACGCUUACAAGAAUCAGAUACAGAUUCAAGAGAAUUAGGCACACGUCCUACACGCUCAAGUGCUAAAAGAGCAAUUCUUGAAUGGGCAAAAGGAAGCGAUAUUGACGAGAUAGAUAGUGAUGAGGCUGAGGAGAUAUUGCCUACUCCAACACCAACU